GACAUGGAUCGAGCUUUCCUUAAAGACAGAAACUUAAUAAAGCGCCUCGUUAUCAAGGUAGGUUCUGCGGUUGUGACUGAAAAGGAUGGAGGAAUUGCGCGUCAAAGAUUACAAGUGCUUUGUGAUAAGAUUACAGAGUUGAGAGCUCAAGAAUAUGAGGUGAUAUUGGUGACAUCAGGAGCUGUGGCCCUUGGUCGUCAAGCACUUAGAGACAGGAAAUCAGUUCACUACAGCAGCUCUGCCGAUCUCCAAAAGCCAGUUGAACUAAACGGGAAGGCGUGUGCAGCUGUUGGACAGCCUGAUCUGAUGGCUCUCUUUAAGACUCUGUUUAGUGAGGAUGUGGUACAAGCUCAGUGUCUUGUCACGGAAAGUGACUUUAGGGGUAAAGAUUUUUUAAGGCAGCUGAAAGAGACUGUCGAGCACUUGCUGUCUUUGAAGACUAUAGCUUUAUUCAAUGAAAAUGAUGCAGUUAGUACCAGAACAGAUCCAUAUGAGGAUUCAUCUGGUAUAUUUUGGGACAAUGAUAGUUUGGCAGCUCUGCUAGCGAAGGAGCUAAAGGCUGAUCUUCUUAUCCUUAUGAGUGAUGUGGAGGGUGUCUAUAGUGGGCCUCCAAGUGACAUAAACUCGCAUCUUAUUUAUACAUACACAGAUAGGCAUCAAGGUGAAAUCACUUUCGGAGAAAAAUCAAGAGUGGGACGAGGGGGAAUGGCAGCGAAAGUAAAAGCCGCUACUGAUGCAGCUUCUGCUGGCAUCCCUGUCGUCAUCACCAGUGGAUUCGAUGGCCAGAACAUUACCAAAGUCCUACAAGGAGAACGCGUUGGGACUCUAUUCCCUCGAGGUGAAAAUACAGGGGAGUCUUUGGUUGACAAUGCAAGAGAGAUGGCUGUUGCAGCCAAGGACAGUUCUAGACGGCUUCAGGCCCUGACUUCAGAAGAAAGGAAAAGAAUUCUACUUGAUAUAGCUGAUGCACUUGAAGGGAAUGCACAUAUCAUCCAUGUAGAAAAUGAAGCUGAUGUGUGUGAAGCAGAUCAAGCAGGAUAUGAAAAAUCCUUGAUAUCUCGGCUAGCACUAAACCCUGGGAAGAUCUCACGUCUUGCAAACAAUAUUCGUGUGCUUGCCAGCAUGGAGGAUCCAAUAGGCCGCCUUUCAAGAAAAACGCAGAUUGCAGAUGAUGGUCUCAUCUUGGAGAAAAUAUCGUGUCCACUUGGUGUUGUCUUGGUUAUAUUUGAGUCUCGUCCUGAUGCGCUAGUACAGAUGGCUUCACUGGCAAUCCGUAGUGGGAAUGGCCUUCUCUUGAAGGGUGGGAAGGAGGCUAAGAGAUCAAAUACAAUUUUGCACAAGAUUAUCACAGACGUCAUCCCGGAGAGAGUUGGUCGGAAGCUAAUUGGACUUGUGACUUCAAGAGAUGACAUUCCGGAUCUGCUUAAACGUGACGACAAUCUGAUCAAUCUUGUGAUCCCAAGAGGCAGUAACAAGCUUGUUUCUGAAAUUAAAAACUUGACCAAGAUUCCAGUUCUGGGGCAUGCUGGUGGACUAUGCCAUGUAUAUAUCGACAGGUCUGCUAAAAUGGAUAUGGCGAAGCAAAUUGUGUUGGAUGCAAAAGUAAAUUAUCCAGCAGCCUGCAAUGCAAUGGAAACACUUCUGAUCCAUAAGGAAUUAGUGCACACAGCUGAUUUCAAAGAUAUUAUCCUUGAGCUCAGCAAAAAUGGUGUUACUUUAUAUGGUGGACCACGGGCAAGCUCCUUGCUAAAUAUUCCUCAGGCAGAUUCGUUACAUAUGGAGUAUGGCUCCAUGGCUUGCACUGUUGAAGUUGUGGAUGAUGUGCAUGGCGCCAUUGAGCAUAUAAAUAAAAACGGAAGGUAA